AACUAAGGGGAGCAGAUUCUAAGGCCAACAAUCCGAGGGGGAGUUUGUUGGUGCAACCCUAUGGCUUGCACUCGGCUUGUCGUCCUUGUUUGUGUGUGUGCAUGCAUGGCAUGGAAUGAAUUGUGAGUCUAUGUCAUUGCUAUCCAGUGCUUGUGUGUGUGUUUGAAUGGUGUAUCACAAUGUGGUUUGUGCCGGUCAAGACAUUAGCAAGUUUUUACAACUCGCAUGUCAAGUCGUCGUUUGUGUGUCGCAUGUGUUUUUUCUAUUUUGUCGAGUGUGAAGUGUCGAUCGUGUCGCAGGGUUGGUUUCGAGACUCUUCAUGGUUGGGGACCCUGUGGUGGUGUACCACCAACCUGGACCUCGGCUCUUGGGGUAUGUAGAGGCUGGGAACCAUCUCCCUCUCGAACUCUUCUUGCUAAGUUUGUACUCCUAAGACUAUUGUGGCUGCUAUACCU